AUGAAUAGUGUAAAUGAUAUGAAGUCUGAGCUUUCAAGUAGCUCAUCGCAUCUCGAUUCGCCUCAGUGUCUGACAAAUAGAAAGACUAAGAAAUCUUUCACUGCUAUAGACCAUACAAAACUGAAUUCCAUAGCCAAUGAAAAGAAAUGGAACGAACUCAUAGACUACAAGUUUGAAGAGUUAAGAGAUGGUUUUUUCACUGGUCUGUUUGCUAAUCCUGAAUCUCCUAUGGACACCAAUCUUCCCCUGCCACCAAAGAGUGAGGAAUUAUCGAAAUCUUAUUUCAUUAAAAGUCACAGAAAAGUUUUCCUUCACCAAUUAACAAAAAAAUAUACUGAAAUAUUCAAAUACUUUCUAGCAUAUUUGAUUGCCUACAUCCUUUGCGUAAUUCAUCCCGUUGGGAAUUGGUUGGGGGAUGAAUAUCGCUAUUUCAUACCUUUAGCAGUUCUGUUGCAUCACCCAGCCAGGAACGUGGGUGUUCAAUUGGAAAUCACAUUGGAGUCGCUCAUAGGAGGUAUCUUUGGAGUCGGUUGGUCAAGCUUGGCAUGGUAUGUUUCUACUUCUCGUGGGCCUGCUAUUAGAUUUCAAGGUGCUCUUCUAUUUUUAAGCAUGAUGCUCGCAUUACUUAUUUCAACAUGGUUAAGGAAUUUCUAUAAGCGAUUACUGUACCCAUCAUUGACAUUCGGUAUCUCUAUCAUAUACUUUCACUCAGUUCAGAUUGUUAAAAAUAAAACUGACCUUAACUGGCGUUUGUACAGAGAAUUUUCACUGUCAUAUAUCGUAGGUAUGUUAAUAUCUCUUUCUGUCAAUAUUCUUAUUUUCCCACAAAGUGGCAACACAGAGCUAUUAAAUAAUUUUGACAAGGCUCUUUUCAAAAUAAAGGACUUCCUAAUGGGGAUUGUGGACAAAAGUUCAUGUAGUGAUAAAGAAGCUCUUGAUAUUUUGCGUAAAAGAAUGAUCAACUCUCUCAAUAUUAAUUUAACCGAAGCUAAUAGAGAUUUCUCUAACCAGUUUUCUCUUUCUAAAUUUGAUAAAGCAUCAUUAAGAUCUUUCAGAAACUCCUUAACAAUGAUUGGCAGCACAUUACGAAUUUUACCUUUGAACCAUAUACUUUUCAAUGCAAAAGAGUUGGAGCAGUUAUACCUCUCAAUUAAUUCCCAUAGUAGCUCCGCAGAAUCUGUUUCUGCUAAAAAGAGGCAUUCCUUUCAAAACCAUGAUGAUAAUCCUAUAGAAAUUUUGAAAACUCUCUUUUCUGGAGAAGUCUUUGCCCUAAUCCUAGAAAUAAUAGCAGUUUUAGAUCAAAUUUCUAAUAUUAUUAAAUUAACGAAGAACGGUAGUACAGUUAAUGGGGCUACGAGCGUCUUAGAUGAUAGAAUGCAAAAAUUGAAAAUCAAAUCUGCCAGAUUUGAUUCAGCUUACAAGAGAUUUACAAAGAAUAAACAAUUUUCAAAUAAUCUAUUAUACGAUGACACCUACGUGAACGUCUUUCUAUUUAUAAAAUAUGUGAGAACUGCAGCUUACCAAGUCGAAAAAAUUGCCAGCUCAUGUAAAAAGCUCACCAUUAAUACCCAUUGGAGAGUUGUACCGCCUCACUACCCGUUCAGAAGAGCUAUGAAUAGAUUGCCAAAGGAAUGUUCCAUAGAUGAUGGCUCCUUUGGCUUUUCUCGCUACUUGGAGACUAAGUUUGAUGUUGAAGAUAUUUUCCAAAAGGUUUACAAUGCAUAUACUUCUAAGCACACGUACGAAAGGGUCAAUGAAGUAAUCUCAUCAUCUCGUGCUAUUGAUCAUGAGGAUUUUAAUUUUCAUACAACUGAGAACCCCUUCAGAUUCAAAUUGUGGAAAUUGUCUACAGUCUUAACCGGUGCUGAAAUGCAAUGGUCUCUGAAACUUGUGUUUGUCCUUACUUUUACGUGUCUACCAGGUUGGCUUGACGAGUCCUACCAUUGGUAUGAAAAGUAUCACUGUUGGUGGACUCCAAUAAUCAUCUACAUUUUAGCCCAUAAUAAACCCCCUGGUCAAUUGACAGAUCUACUCUCCACCCUGUCUGUAGCUAUCUUUGCAAUGUUUUGGGGAUGGGCUGCUAACGAACCGUCUAAAUUCUCUAAUCCAUAUAUUCUGUGCGUUUUUGCUGGUAUUAUAGUACUUCCACUAGCAGCAAUCUUGUUGAUAUAUCAAAAAGCCAAGGCCUCUUUUGCAGCCAUGAUUUCAUUUACUGUUAUUUCAUUAGGAGCAUAUGCUAAAGGUGAAGUUACAAUAGUCAACAGUUGGUCUAAUUGUUGGCACACGUCCCUCGCACUGAUUAUAGGGAUCAUAACAUCUGCGGGCAUCAAUUGGUUUCCAUGGUCUUAUUCAGCAAGAGAGGAAAUGAAAUUGGCUGUUUCUACUUUAUUGUCACACCUCAGUCAAUCUUAUCAGACAGUGACUGAACGCUACUUAUAUCAUGACAUUGACGAUGAACCUACUGACAUCACGCUGACAUUUGCCCGCAUCAGAGAAGUUAGAUUGUCACAGAGCAUUCAUGAAGUAAAGCAGCUGUUAAAGAGGGCCAAGAGGGAGCCUGACUUUGUCUCCAACUUUGACCCAAGUAAAUACGCAAGGCUAUUGGACACUUGCUUUCUGCUAUUAGAUAAGAUCAUAGAGGCUAGAAUGGCUGGAUCUGCUUUUGAUGUUUGGAAGGAAGAAUCUGAUGAUGAAACAAUUAAGGCAUUAUUAUCUUACAGAAGGGACAGUGCAGCCUCUGUGAUAUUCGUACUUUACAUAUUGUUCAACAGUUUUAGAUCUGAGAACAGAAUUCCUAUGUAUUUACCUAGCACAAUUUUGGCUCGUAAGAGACUGUUCGCAUAUCUAUCUAAAAUUAAGAGAUCCCAAGAGUCAAGCGACGAUGAGCCAAAAACCCAUGAAGAGUUGCAUUGGGCUCAAGUUUACUCCAUAGCAUUUUCGAAGUCUUUUACAGAUGUUUCAGAUAUUACAGAAGAGUUAGUACAGAUCUCGAGGGGAAUUCUGGGAGAAUAG